AUGGGCUAUCCUGUUAUCUUUGUGUUUGAAAGCGUCUACUACCCCAUUCUUGCAGCAGUUGGCAUUACAGUUAACCUGGUGGCGAUCAUAGUUCUGCUCUGGGUAAAUUGUGGACUCUCUAAAUGCAUUACUCGCUAUUUGGUUGCCAUGGCAGUGGCGGAUCUAAUGGUGGUGAUCUUCGAAGUCGUACUGAAGCGCAUUAACAGCAUGUAUUUGCCGAUAAGCUUUUUGUUCAUCACUCCGGUCUGUGCCAUGAUACUUGUCACAAAGAUUGCGUCUGUCUAUUGCUCUGUUUGGUUCACGGUUGCUUUUACCAUUGAUCGCUUCGUGGCUAUUUGCUGUCAAAAACUCAGACCAAGGUACUGUACCGAGAGGAUAGCAAGUGUCAUUAUAGCCAUUGUGUCCACGCUGGCCUUUUUGAAGAGCAUUCUGUAUUACUUUACAAACGAGCCCAAAUAUGUGAUUAACAACAUUCCAUAUCUCUGCAUUGUAACUGCCGCCUACAUUACCUCACCCCUGUGGGCGGCUUACGAGUCGUUCAUCACUAUAGUAACUCCCUUCAUACCAAUCUUUCUCAUCCUUUCAUUCAACACCCUUACUGUCAAACAUAUUAUAAAGACCAAUAAAAUUCGGAGGGCACUCGUUUGUAACAGCGAUAAUCACAAAGAUCCCAAAGUCGAGAACCGUAGGAAGUCUAUGAUUUUGCUCUUUACUCUAUCUGGCAAUUUCAUCCUCCUCUGGAUGCCAUAUUUUGUGCAUUCCUUAAAAUGGCAAGUGACAAACUCCAAUUACCAGGACAAGUAUUACAGCAACCCCAUAUACAUCAACCAGCAAACGGGAUUCAUGUUGCAACUACUCAGUUCCUGCACCAACACUUGCAUCUAUGGACUGAUGCAGAGGAAGUUCAGACAGGAGCUGAAAAAUGGGGUGAAGUAUCUGGUCACAUUGAAUGGGAAACUCUGUAAAUAG